AAGAGCCGAAACAAACAACUGAAUCCUACGUUUUUGUCUUUUUAUGUGACCUUUUAACCAUCUCACUUGCCCCCUCGAUCCUACAUAAAUCGCCACCAGUGAAGCAUCUUUCAAUCUCUCUCUCUCUCUCUCUGUCUCGAGUCGCCUCAUAAAUAUCUCCUUUUGAGCUGACUCGGCCCGAGUUUGAGUUCUCAACAGAAAAUGAGCGACCUGGAUCGUUCUCGUGCUUUUUUCAAUGACGUUAAGCGUCUCAUUAUCAAGGUUGGGACCGCUGUUGUAACUCGAGCGGAUGGAAGAUUAGCCCUUGGAAGAUUAGGGGCACUUUGCGAACAGAUUAAAGAUUUGAGUUCUCUCGGAUACGAAGUUAUCGUGGUGACAUCGGGUGCUGUUGGACUUGGUCGCCAAAGGCUUAAAUAUCGAAGAUUCGUCAACAGCAGUUUCUCUGAUCUCCAAAAACCACAAGUCGAUCUAGAUGGGAAGGCCUGUGCAGCUGUUGGACAAAACAGUCUCAUGGCUCUAUAUGAUACAUUGUUCAGUCAGCUGGAUGUAACAUCAGCACAGCUUCUUGUGACCGAUAGGGAUUUCAAGAAUAAAGAUUUUAGAAAGCAACUGGAUGAGACAGUGCAAUCACUGUUAGCUUUGAGGGUUAUCCCUAUAUUUAAUGAGAAUGAUGCAGUCAGUACUAGGAAAGCUCCAUAUGAGGAUUCUUCUGGAAUAUUUUGGGAUAAUGACAGUUUAGCAGCUUUGCUGGCUCUGGAGUUAAAAGCUGAUCUUCUUGUUCUGCUGAGUGACGUAGAAGGUCUUUACAGUGGCCCUCCAAGUGACCCGCGUUCAAAGCUUAUUCACACAUACAUUAAGGAAAUACAUCAGAGUGAAAUUACUUUUGGAGACAAGUCUAGGGUGGGUCGAGGGGGCAUGACUGCCAAAGUAAAAGCUGCUGUCAAUGCAGCUUAUGCUGGCAUCCCUGUUGUUAUAACCAGUGGGUAUGCACCUGAAAACAUAAUUAAAGUCCUUCAAGGAGAGCGUGUUGGCACCCUCUUUCAUCAAGAUGCACAUUUGUGGGCCCUAGAUAAAGAAGUUGGUGGACGUGAGAUGGCAGUUGCAGCAAGGGAAAGUUCCAGAAGGCUCCAGGCCUUGUCUUCACAAGAUAGGAAAAAGAUUUUGCUGGACGUAGCUGAUGCCCUAGAAGCCAAUGAAAAACUGAUCAACAUUGAGAAUGAAGCUGAUGUUGUUGCUGCACAAGAGGCUGGAUUGGAGAAAUCUUUGAUAUCUCGGCUGGCUUUAAAGCCUGGGAAGAUUAAGAGUCUUGCAAACUCUAUUCGUGUGCUUGCUAACAUGGACGACCCAAUUGGUUGUAUUUUGAAGAAAAUUGAGCUGGCAGAUGGACUCAUCCUGGAGAAAACCUCAUCUCCUUUAGGUGUUCUCCUAAUUAUUUUCGAGUCUCGACCAGAUGCUCUAGUGCAGAUAGCUUCAUUGGCAAUCCGAAGUGGGAAUGGACUCCUCUUGAAAGGAGGAAAGGAGGCCAAGAGGUCAAAUGCAAUUUUGCACAAGGUAAUCACUACAGCCGUCCCAGACACUGUUGGUGGAAAACUUAUUGGGCUAGUGACUUCAAGAGAUGCAAUUCCUGAUCUGCUUAAGCUUGAUGAUGUUAUCGAUCUUGUGAUCCCAAGAGGCAGCAGUAAACUUGUUUCUAAAAUCAAGUCAUCCACUAAAAUUCCUGUUCUUGGUCAUGCUGAUGGCAUUUGUCAUGUCUAUGUCGAUAAGUCUGCUGACAUUGAAAUGGCAAAGCGAGUUGUCUUGGAUGCCAAAGUAGAUUAUCCAGCAGCUUGCAACGCAAUGGAAACACUUCUUGUGCAUCAGGAUUUGGUGCGUAGUGGUGGGCUCAAUGAGCUUAUUGCUGAUCUUCGCACUGAAGGCGUUACUUUAUUUGGUGGACAAAGGGCAUGCAAGGAAUUGAACAUUCCAGAGGCCCAAACUUUCCAUCACGAGUACAAUUCUAUGGCCUGCACUGUUGAAAUUGUUGAUGAUGAGCAUGCCGCCAUUGAUCAUAUCCAUCGACAUGGAAGUGCGCAUACUGAUUGUAUAGUAGCAGACGACCAUGAUGUUGCUGAAGUGUUUCUACGUCAAGUUGACAGCGCUGCUGUUUUUCAUAAUGCAAGCACAAGAUUCUGCGAUGGGGCUCGAUUUGGAUUAGGUGCAGAGGUCGGAAUAAGCACAAGCAGGAUUCAUGCUCGAGGCCCUGUUGGGGUUGAAGGAUUGUUAACUACUAGAUGGAUUCUCAGAGGUUGUGGACAAGUGGUGAAUGCUGAUCAAGGGGUGAUUUACACCCAUAAGGAUAUAACAAUGUAAGCAGCCUGUAAGGUAGAAGUUGAUGGCGAUAGUGAACAGCAUGCCUUGUGCAUUUGUGUCUUAUUUUUUCUAUUUUAAUUGCUGUUAUUAUUAUUAUUAUGCAGACGUGUCUUUUAGGCAGUUAUCAGAUAAGUCUCAAUUAUUUUCUUGGCCUGUUGACCAUUAGCAAUUCCAGUUAGUCUCAAGAUUGAUGA